AUGAAGUUGAUAUUAGAAGGAAGCCAUAUUCCCAUCUCUUGGGAAGUUUUCAAGAACAAGUUUUAUGAAGAGUACUUCCCAGAUAGCGUCUGGUUCGCUAAAGAGGUUGAAUUUCUUCAGUUGGUGCAAAGAGGAAUGUCAGUAUCAGAGUAUACCGAUAAGUUUAAGCAUCUGGUGAGAUUUAAUACGAUGGCCACAAAUGAAGAGUCGCAGUGUCGGAAGUUUGAGAAUGUGUUGAGGAGUGAUCUGAAAUUGUUGAUCUCCAGUUUGUGUAUUAAGUCGUUUCCUGCAAUGGUGGAACGAGCCAAGGUGUUGGAGAAAAACACGUUGGAGGUGGAACAACAAAGGAAGCUGCAGCAGCAGAACGUUCGGGGUCCAAUUUCUUCCAAGAACAGUUCGGGUCUGAGGAAAACCCCUUAUACUCGGCCUUUGCCUUCUACAAAUGUUGGUUCUUCUUCUCAGUCCUCGGGUUCGGUUGGUCAGUUUGGACAACAAGGAUCAGUAGCUUGUUUUCAUUGUGGAGGACCCCAUUACAAGUCUGCGUGUCCUCAGUUGGUGGGAGGAAAGUUUUGCAUUCGGUGUAGAAGGAAUGAUCAUGUGGAGAGUGAGUGUAAUAUGGGAAGGAGAGGAGUUUUAAGGCCUUCAAAUGCUGGAAGAAGUCAACCAAGAUGUGGUGGCUGA